CACGCCCCGCACCCGGGAAGGCUAGCCAAUCGUUGCUCGGCGCCUAAAGGGCCAGUACCCGCGCAAGCCGUUUGACAUGGCGGAGGACGCCUCCUCAGCUGCUCCGAGUCCCCGGGGCUGUGCGGAUGGUAGGGAUGCCGACGCUACCGAGGAGCGGAUAGCAGAAACGGAGAGAAACGACGAGGAGCAGUUCGAGUGCCAGGAACUGCUCGAGUGCCAGGUGCAGUUGGGGGCUCCAGAGGAGGAGGAGGAUGCGGGCCUUGUGGCUGAGGCCGAGGCUGUGGCUGCCGGCUGGAUGCUCGAUUUCCUCUGCCUCUCUCUUUGCCGAGCUUUCCGCGACGGCCGCUCCGAGGACUUUCGCCAGACCCGCGACAGCGCCGAGGCUAUUAUUCAUGGACUAUCCAGUCUAACAGCUUAUCAGUUGAGAACUGUAUACAUAUGUCAGUUUUUGACAAGAAUUGCAGCAGGAAAAAACCUUGAUGCACAGUUUGAAAAUGAUGAACGAAUUACACCCUUGGAAUCAGCCCUGAUGAUUUGGGGUUCGAUUGAAAAGGAACAUGACAAACUUCACGAAGAAAUACAGAAUUUAAUGGAAGUUCAGGCUAUAGCUGUUUGUAUGGAAAACGGGAACUUUAAGGAAGCAGAAGAAGUCUUUGAAAGAAUAUUUGGUGAUCCAAAUUCUUACGCGCCUUUAAAAAGGAAAUUGCUUAUGAUAAUCUCUCAGAAAGAUACAUACCAUUCUGUUUUUCAACACUUCAGUUACAACCACAUGAUGGAGAAAAUUAAGAGUUAUGUGAAUUAUGUGCUAAGUGAAAAAUCAUCAACAUUUCUAAUGAAGGCAGCAGCAAAAGUAGUAGAAAGUAAAAGAGCAAGAACAAUAACUUCUCAAGAUAAACCUAAUGGUAAUGAUGUUGAAAUGGAAACUGAAGCUAAUUUGGAUACAAGAAAAAGUGUUAGUGACAAACAGUCUGCGGUAACUGAAUCCUCAGAGGGUACAGUAUCCUUAUUGAGGUCUCACAAGAAUCUUUUCUUAUCUAAGUUGAAGCAUGGAACCCAGCAACAAGACCUUAGUAAAGAAAGAAGAGUAGGAACUCUUCAAAGUUGGUUGAAUCCACAGUGUGGAACCUGCAAAUAUAGAAGGCCAACGGUAGGUGCAAAAAAGAAAAAAGAAAGUAGAAGAGCCACUGAAAGUAGAAUACCUGUUUCAGAAAGUCAACUGGUGACUCCUGAAAAACAUCGAGCUAGAAAAAGACAGGCGAUUGGCAUGGCUGGAGUUAUUAUGAUUUUGUAUUGAUUUUGAUUUUUCAAGAAAAUACAAGAUAAACGGCAAUAGAACAAAAGAAAUGGGUUUUAUAGGUUUAAUGUCCAGAAAUAGAUCACCUUAAACUCUUCCCUCAAACUAUUACCAUGAAUGGAAUCUGGUACAAUCAGUUUAAUGUAUAAAAUGAGGAAAUAGAAAGUUUUAAGCAGAGUAGUAGACUUUAUGAAAUUGUACUGCCCUUAUGUUUUCUUUCUGAUCUGACACUGAUUGGUCAGUUGUGUCACUCAUUCAACUCUAGCUAUAGAAAGUAGUAGGAGUUGGUACCAGUGAUUACUAGGCCACUUAAUCUCGAAACUUAAAAAUAAAUCUUUCCUUACUUUCCAGACUGAUAACUUAUUCCAUAUGAUGUUUUUCCAAGACUCUUUCAGUCACAGGUAAAAUUAAGCAAAGCCUGAAAACAUUUAGAUCAAGCAAAAUAAGGCAUAAUCAUUAUAUCAAGCUAAAGUUACUUGUUUUCAAUAGAAGAAAAAAAAUACUUAAUGCUAAACACUGUUGUUCAGUUAACUUUACUGACAACAUUACUACUUUGGGUUAGGGGUGAGCAAAAUUUUUCUGUAAAGAGCAAGAUUUAUAGAAAAUAUGUAUGUGAAAUAUUCAUAGUUUCUGUUAUAUAUUUUAAAUAUUUUAAUUUUUUAAAUGUAAAAAUGAUUCUUAGCUUCAGGGCUGAAAAAAACCAACCUUGGGCUGGGUUUUGGCAGUAACUUGCUGACCCCUGCUAUAGAUGAUCCACUGGAAAAUACUACUUAAACUUACUGCACCCAGGACCCCAAAUAGGAUUCAAACAGAGAGUAUUGGUCACUUCUUGAAAGAAAGGGGCUUUUGUAUUGUAUAAGACAUCAUCUAUGCUUCUUGUUAAAAAUACUAUAGCUCAGAUAAAGACAAGAAAACAAUGCUGUAUAUGUGUAUAAAAUUUUUCUAAACCACAACUUUUUAAAGCUGAAUGAUAUAUGACAACUUCUUGAAAGAACAGAAAUUCUUAACUUGGAGACCAUGGAGUUGAUAGGCUCUUUAAAGGGAGUCUAUGUGGCCCCCAAAUUUGUAUAUAAAAUUUUAGAUACCUACACUUUUCUGUGGAGUGGAUCUAUAAAAUUUCUGUGACCCCAAAGGUUAAUAACCCACUGUUGAAGUCCUUUUAAUUAGUCACCCCACACAUGAAAAAAUAAUACAUCUCUUGUUUUUUAUCAGUUAAUGACAAGCAGUGUCGUGAGGUUUUGUAGGAAUGAAGGCUUAGUCAGGCAGUAAUAGAUAGGCAUAGGAGGCUGUCAGUCUUUGUCUAGAGAUUGAAUAGCCAUGUACUUGUAAGCAGUACAGUUGCCGAUAGGUGUGCUGCAGACAAACAAGCAAAAGCAGGUACAGAAGAGACCAGGUUGGUAUCUCGGAUUAAGUCACAAAGCAGAGGGAUGGCAGGAACAAAUGACCAGGUUUAAGGUAGCUCAGACAAACUUAUACCUGGGGUUUGGUUGUGGUCACUGCCAACUCUUUGGUAUCGAGUCAUAUGCAAGAUGGUUCUCAUGUCAUGUUUGUCCUCUUCAGGCCACCUUGAAUUCUUCCUAAUUAAUGGCAUCAGACAAGCGUUUUUUUUGUUUUUUUUUUCUUUAAUUGUAGUAAAGUACACAUGAUAUAAAAUUUAUCAUUUACCAUUUUAACCAUUUUUAAAUGUACAGUUUGGUAGCAUUAAAUAUAUUCUUAUUGUGCUACCAUCACUACCACCUAUGAAUAGCAUUCUUCCUCUUACAAAACUGAAACCGUACCCAUUUAACAGUAACUCCAUUUCCAUCCCCCCAACCCCCUUGCAACUAUCAUUCUACUUUCUGUUUAUGAAUUGAACUAUUCUAGGUACCUCAUAUCACUAAAGUAAUAUAAUAUUUGUCUUUUUCUGUCUAACGUA